UCCCCCCCGAUGGGCGGGGCGGGAGGUGUCCGUGCUUGGGCUCUGUGAUUGGGAGAGAGGGACAGAGGGAGCCGGGCCGGGCAGGGCAGUGUGCGCUGCACGAAAAUGCACUCGGAUGCUGCCGCUGUCAAUUUUCAAUUGAACUCUCACCUAUCAACACUGGCAAAUAUUCACAAGAUUUACCACACCCUCAAUAAGCUGAAUCUGACAGAGGACGUUGGUCAGGACGAUCACCAGACAGGAGAGAGACUUUCAAAGAUACGAAGAAUAGGAAGUCUUCGGUCUUGCAGUUCAUCAGACUGCUUUAGUAAAGUGAUGCCUCCAAGGAAAAAGAGGAGACCUGCAGCAGGAGAUGAUUUAUCUGCUAAGAAAAGUAGACAUGAUGGUAUGUAUAGAAAAUACGAUUCGACUAGAAUAAAAGCAGAGGAAGAAGUCUUUUCAAGUAAGAGAUGCUUAGAAUGGUUCUAUGAAUAUGCAGGCACUGAUGACAUUGUAGGGCCAGAAGGUAUGGAGAAAUUUUGUGAAGACAUUGGAGUUGAACCAGAAAAUGUAGUUAUGCUUGUAUUAGCAUGGAAGUUGGAUGCACAAAACAUGGGUUACUUUACAUUACAGGAGUGGUUAAAAGGAAUGACAUCGCUACAAUGUGAUACCACAGAAAAAUUGAGAAAUUCUUUGGAUUACUUGAGAUCUUUAUUAAAUGAGCCUACCAAUUUUAAACUUAUUUAUAGAUACGCAUUUGACUUUGCACGGGAGAAGGACCAGCGCAGCCUAGAUAUCAAUACUGCCAAGUGUAUGUUGGGGCUUCUUUUAGGAAAAACAUGGUCUCUUUUUCCAGUAUUUCACCAGUUUCUAGAGCAAUCAAAAUAUAAAGUUAUCAAUAAGGACCAAUGGUGCAAUGUACUUGAAUUCAGCAGAACAAUUAACCUUGACCUCAGUAACUAUGAUGAAGAUGGAGCCUGGCCAGUGUUGUUGGAUGAGUUUGUGGAAUGGUAUAAAGGAAAACAGAUGACAUAGGAGUUUAACUAUGCACAGCCACUCAAGAGUCACUGUUACCACAGUUACGUCAACCAUUAGCCAUAAACUGCUGUUUGUAUCAAAGUGCAUGCUGCUUUUCUUGCACUGUGUCCCUCUUGCAGGGAACUUUUGGUGUUUGCUAUUUAACAAGCCAGCUCUGCUUGCUGUGUAGCAUUGUUCUCUUUGAAGGCUGCUUUGCAUUCUGUAUUUACACUACAAAAUAGUGAACUUGCCAGCGUCUUCACUGUGAUUAUGUGUAUAUGCUGUCUAAAUUUUGUAUAUGUGUAUAAAAAAGCUUCACCUAGGGAUUAUUUCUGCAGAAAUGUAUUGUAAAAAUAAUUUUGUGGCAUAUUUCUAAUCACUUCUAUGUUCAUUGAAGCUUUAGUUAUUUUGUUUUUCUCUUGGUCUCAAAUGUAGCAUUUCAGAAAAUGAAAUGGACAGACUGCUUGGACAUAGUUAUCAUGAAGAACUGUUGUCAGUUUUAAUGUUACUGUUUGAGACGCCAAUUUCGGAGGGGAGAAGAUACGCUGUGACUUUCUUCAGGGGAAUUCACCAAACAUGACCUUUUGCUUAAUAGGAAUGAAACAUCAGUGUCUUAAAAGAAAAAAGAUUAUAUAUAUAUAUAUAUAUAUAUAUAUAUAUAUAUAUAUAUAUAUAUAUAUAUAUAUAUAUAUAUAUAUAUAUAUAUAUAUAUAUAUAUAUACAUACACACACACACACACACACACACACACAAAAAAAAACACUGUAAUAGUUGUACAUGCCACAGAGGAUUUCUAUUUGAAGAAGAAAGUACUGACUUUUUAAUGUUAAAACUGCAGUAGUUUCAUUACAGGUACAAAUGAACAAAUUAAAGUACCUUUUAAAAAUGGAUUUUAGACUUUCGUAAAUUCCCUUUGGCAUAUUUCUUUUAAACUUCAGUGUACUAAGUGUUUGGACUAUGUUGCGAUUUAGUGACGUUAAAAGUUUUGUCUAAAGUUAGUGGUUGGGGGAAUAAAAGUCUGCUCAGCCCCAACCUAUAGUUAAUAUAGGUUUGGAUCUUUCUUUGUAAUAUUAGUCUUUCCCAUGGUCUAUAACUUUGGUUCUGAGUAAUUAAAAAUAUUAUAUCAAGUAGUCAAAACAUUACUUUUUUCUUUCAUGCUGGGGAUUGGAAUUUCCUAGCAGAAUGUCCAUUGCAGGCAAUGGGCACAUUAAACACCAGCAUUAAAUGACAGUACUUUUUAAUAGGGACCAUUUCCUGUUUCACAUAUUUCUUUGUUUGUUUAGGACAGUUUUAGUGAUUAUUUGGGGAAAAUGAGUGAAUGGAAAGGUGUUCAAGUUCUAUAUUUUUGUCAUGUUGGCUUUGCCUUACCUGUCUUUAUUAAAUAAUAUUACUGUUGAAUUUUUUUUAGGUUCUUGAAGUAUCUGGUGCUAUUAAACUUUGAUCCCUGAGUAUUUAUAGAAAUGUUCCAUAUUAUUUCAUGGAACAUUUAACAAAAAGGGACCAGUGGAUAUUUUGGAAUAAAGAAUAACAUUACUUUUCUGUAGAAGUAUUUUAAAAGGUAUUGGCAGUUUUGAUAUUUCUUUAGAAUGCAAUCCAGGGGGGGGAAAAGCAUUUUAGUCUGAAUGUGAAAUUUUCAGCUGCAUUGAAGGUCCUGUUCUGCCAUCCCUGAAGUCAGGAACAUUGGAUCAGUCAAGUCAUUGUCUUGACUAUUUUCAGGAUUAAGCCUGCUUUAUCAAUAGCACAGUAGCUUGCUGCCCUGGACCAGGAGGUUGUAAUUCCUUUGCUACUGGUGGUCAGUUUAUGUUCACUUUUUUUUCUCUCUCCCCCCUCCAAUUUCAGCUGCCAAAGAAAAAGCUGUGUGUGUUUGUCUGUAUUUGUAUUUACUUAAAUAUACAGUAUGUAUGCAUAUACAAAAUCUAAAGUUCCAUGAUGUUAAGAAAAUACUACCUUCCCCAUGAAAGUCAGGUUUGAAUAUCUAUGACACUAAAUAAGUAGCAAGUUAAUAGUGGUAAAACAUACAUAAUCAUUGCUUUUUCAUGUACUAAAUCACAUAACAUUAAUUCCAUAUUUGAUGCCAAUUUGCACAAUAUAUUAAUUCAGUGGAGUGCGAUACUUAAUGUUUACAAUCAGUGUUUACUAAAACACACGUUUUAUUAAGACUUCUGAUGUAAAUGUGUGUAUUACUAUAGUAUAACCAUAAGGAAAGGAGCGUGGAGCUGCUGGUUUAGUUCUUAAAAGAAUGAACUUAGAAGCAAUAUAACUUGUAACAUUAAGCUGAAUUGUGAUUGCUAAAAAUCCUAAGUGAAAUACUGCAGGUGUUCUUAAAUGUUAAGUUAGUUAUUAAUUCUAGAAAACGGUUUAGCACAAAUUGGCAUAAAUACUGCUAAAAUACAAGGCUGGUUACAUAAUAAGUUUUGUAUGUGACAGAUAAUUUGGCUUCCAAUAAUGGAAGCAAGAGCCAAAGACACUUUUAAUCUAUUACUGUUAUCAGUAUAACUUUCAUGUAACAGGGUCAACAGAAAUCUGUUCAGUUUGAACAAGUGUUCUUUUCCCAAUUUUUGUUAAUGUUUAGCAGAAUACAAAAUUUAAAUAAAAACAAAGAAAACAAAAACCUGAAAAUAUUCAUACUGUACAGAUUAACAUACCCUUUAAUUUUUUUCUUUGUGUACAAUUAAUUGGGAAUGAGGGCAAGGAAUAAUGUGUUUGAACGUGGAUCAGACAGAUACUGCCAAUGUUCUCUUCCAGUCGUAAGCAAGAUGAAUCUGUGCUCUUCAGUUGGUUUAACACAUGUAUCUUCAUAAAAUGAACCAUAAAUGCAAUUACAGCUAAUUGAUAUCUUUACUGAAAUUUACAGAGAUCAAAAUGAGCUAAAGCUGACCGUUACAGGUUAAUAAGCUUCCAUACAUUAUCUGUCCUUUUGUUUGUGUUGUAUCUGCUGACAAGCAGAGGGACCUUAACGUUGCCAACUCUUGUAUUUUGGAGAAAUUCCCUCUCCUUUUUACAUUGUGGAUAUUUAGUGAAGCUAUUUCAUUUACCUUGUAUUUAAUACAAGUUUGGUGUUUGCUUUUUUGUUUAUUUGCUAUGCCAUCAAAUAGUUCCUGUAUUUUUUUUUCUUUUGAAAAGUGAUAUACAGAAUAUCCUGACUUCUUGAACAGGACACUGAAAGGUCAUUGUGGCAGAAGUAUCAUGAGUUUAUGCUGAUUUUUCAGGUGUAAAAUAACUGUCCUUACAGCAGAAACUUAAUGGCCUACAUGUAAUUCAUUCUUUAUAUUUAGGAGAUGGUAAGGUGCAAAGACAGUGAAAGGAAAAUAGCAUCCAGAUACUACAGUAGUGGAUACUUUAAAUUGUUAAAUGACAGACAUUUAGAACUCUUUAUUAAUAGAGUGGUAAUAGAGAAUAUUAAUUACAGAAACAUUCCACAAAUUAAGUUUGUAUAUAUUUUCCUUUACUGCAAAAUAGUAUACAAUAAUUUAAAAUACUAAUUUAAUUCUGUGUUACUUUUUUUUUUUCUCCCCCCUCCUCCUUUUUUUCUGCCCAAGGAAGGCUAUUUGAGGAAGAUGGAAUUUAUUGGAAUGCUUUAUGUACUACUUGAGUUUUCAGUAAGAACCUACGUUCCUACGUUAAGGUUAUCUUUAAACUACAGUAAACGUUUGGGUCACCUUUGUGUGGCCUUUUCUAACAUUCGUAGGGGACUGAAGGCAUCUCCCAUUUUAUUGCAGAUACAGACAUUUUAUUUCAUCACAAAUAUGCUUGCACAAUCGAAAUGAGCUUUAGCUCAUUGCUACUUGUUUAAUGUUCACCAGUUACAUUUUUUUGGAGGGCAAGAAAGAGACUUCAGUUUUGUUAAGGCUUUUCCAGAUUUCUGUUGACCCCUGGUCACAAGUCUAACAUUGUUAAAUACUUCUGGAAUUUGUAGAGACAGCUUUAAAGGUUAGCUUGUGUCCUGGUUUUAAUUAUAACUGCUAAAAUACCUCUAUAGGCCUUAUAUUUUAUCCUUUCAUAUUGUUAUAAGAGUGUAUAGAAUCCAUCCACCAGCUAUGUAGGUGGUUGUCUGUAAUUGAGACCAAACGGCAGGGUGUUUUGGGGUGUUUUUUGUUUUGUUUUUUUGUGUUGUCACAAAAUAGUUUCUACUGACACUGCUAUUGCAGGAACAGCAGUUAACCUGUAACUGUGAAUGCUGUGUCUUAGAUAUUUGCAUAUUAUAUACAUAAGGUGUGCUAAACUCCUGUGACUCACAGCCUGACUUAAAUACUGUUAUGCCACCUAACAUGAGUUCAUCAUUUUUAGGAUUUUUGCUGGUGUUGAUGUAAAAUGGUAUCCCACAAAUAAACAGUAUUUGUGAUGGUUUCUGAAACUGA